CCCGGAAUUAUUGACUCAGUCGAGAACAGGGCCCAGACUACUACGGGGACCUUAAAGCUUACAAAUUUGAUUUUUUUACUUGAAUUUACCAGAGGACCACCCGGACUAGUGGCCUCGAAUAGGACAGGAAGCCGGCGGCUCGUCAAAGGUUCCCCCAUUUGCCCUGAUGAUCUUUUCCAGCUGUAUUUCAGAAGCCAACAGAGUUCUGCGGUUUACGACUUGGGUUUUAUAUUUGAAAAGUUAUACAAGAAAGUGAUAAUAGCUUUCUUGGGCUCGUCUCCCGAACCUCUUUGGUGCAACUAUCUUUUUAUCUACCAACGCUGGUGAUAAUUAAAUUAAUAAAGAAGGUUUAUUAAAAUUAUGUAAGGAGUUGGUGGUAGGGGGAGGCUGGGCGAGCCGUACAGUGCGCAGCGCCAUGUUGGCAGCCACACUGCUCUGAGCUCUACUGCCUCUACUCUACAGCCUCACUACAGCUCUACUUCUCUACCACUCUACAUUAACUUACACAAGUGUUAAUAAACUGUUUUACAUUUCACGUCAAGAUUGCCGCCAAUCGUCAGCUGAUGAUGGAUUAUCAUCGACAACACAUGGCCAAGUUUUUGUCAGUUCUCACAGCAAAGAAAAACACCAUAGUGCUUCCGGAGAAUAAAAUAGAGCGAGCUCUGGAUAUCUUGAAGAACGGUAACAGCAAGAACUCCUUUGACAAGGGAGGGAAGACCAAGUUCUGGAUGAAGCAGAAAGGGGUCCAGCUGGUCAGCUUCCCGGAGAUCGGCCUAAACGAUGUCUUGGUUGUGCCCAAACGAGGCAAGGAGCCGGACGGGACGAUGGAGAGCUACAGGCGAGUAGUGUCCGAGAGUAUGCUGUAUGACGUUGUUGCAAGAGUUCAUCUAGAAAAGACAGUGCACGCUGGAUAUAAGAAAGUUAAGGAAAUUAUAGACUCCGAGUACUAUGGUAUUCCCAGACAAUUUGUACAAGAAUUCUGCAAGUCGUGUACGUGCGAGAAGCAUCGGUGUAAAUCGCGUCAGACCACCACCUUUGCACCCAUAGGUCAAAUAGAUUGUAAGGUACCCCCGGUAGCAAUGGAGGAGACAAUAGUCACUGAUGCACCUUCGGUAGACUUGCCACUACUCAAGAGCAUCAUACGGAUCAAGUCGUCGAGACCUACAUCACUCACGCCGUCUUCUAUCUCCUUGGGCCGUGUUCAGGAAGGGAUGAUGCCGUACUUGGAAGUUGCAACUAAUAUUCCUAAAGAAAGAAUAACUCCCGAAAAGUUGAUUAACCUUAGCAAGCAUUUCAGUGAUACAAUUGGAAAGCCUGAACAGUAUUGUAUGGUAAGAGUGAUCCCAGAACAGCUGAUGACAGUCGGAGGUAGCUUUGAUCCAUGUGCAGUUGCUUCUGUAAUGAGUCUCGGCAAGUUUGUUAUGAAGGAGAAAAUGGCUUAUACUUCGAAGAUAUACGAAUUUACGGAGGAAAUACUUGGCAUUCCAAGUGACAGAAUGUACAUCCAGUUCACCGACAAACCAACAUCAAUGUUCGAAAUAGAAGGUACCAAUUAUCAUGAAAUAUUUGGGCAGUAGUUUGGUAUUACAAAAUUUGUUUAUAACUUUAAUUAACGUCUUUUGCUCUUUAGUUCCCCUUGAAAAUACAAUAAAUAUAACGACUUUUG